AUGUGUACUAGUGAUACUGCCUUUGAACCAUUUAUAGUUCUGAUGAACGAAACUUUGAAUGAAGGAUGCAGCAAAAUCAGGGUAAUUUGUAUAAUUUUGUUAAUCCAGUGCGUCAAGGCGAAAGCAGUAUUCUUAAUGGGGGUUUUAAUUGAGUCUAUGAAGUCGGCGUUACUCAUAAAUGUUAGGAGUCAGAAUCGUGUAAAAAAACGAGAACUGUUCCGUUUGUCGGGCGAUUUGGUGCGGCACAGCGGUGGCGGUGUUUGUGAGGCGUAUGCUGACGGUUUAGAGGCGUAG